AUGGAAAGUCCGGGCGGGACACUUUUAAUGAAAAACAUCGCUUAUGUUUGGAUCAUUCUCAGAUCUAUAGGAAGUGAGGAUGGCCCCUAUCCUGGAAGUGAGGAUGACCCCUAUCCUGGAAGUGAGGAUGGCCCCUAUCCUGGAAGUGAGGAUGACCCCUGUCCAGGAAGUGAGGAUGGCCCCUGUCCAGGAAGUGAGGAUGACCCCUAUCCUGGAAGUGAGGAUGGCCCCUGUCCUGGAAGUGAGGAUGGCCCCUGUCCUGGAAGUGAGGAUGACCCCUGUCCUGGAAGUGAGGAUGGCCCCUGUCCUGGAAGUGAGGAUGACCCCUGUCCUGGAAGUGAGGAUGGCCCCUAUCCUGGAAGUGAGGAUGACCCAUAUCCUGGAAGUGAGGAUGACCCCUGUCCUGGAAGUGAGGAUGGCCCCUGUCCUGGAAGUGAGGAUGACCCCUGUCCUGGAAGUGAGGAUGGCCCAUAUCCUGGAAGUGAGGAUGGCCCCUGUCCUGGAAGUGAGGAUGACCCCUGUCCUGGAAGUGAGGAUGGCCCCUAUCCUGGAAGUGAGGAUGACCCCUGUCCUGGAAGUGAGGAUGGCCCCUAUCCUGGAAGUGAGGAUGACCCCUGUCCUGGAAGUGAGGAUGACCCCUGUCCUGGAAGUGAGGAUGGCCCCUGUCCUGGAAGUGAGGAUGGCCCCUGUCCUGGAAGUGAGGAUGGCCCCUAUCCUGGAAGUGAGGAUGGCCCCUGUCCUGGAAGUGAGGAUGACCCCUAUCCUGGAAGUGAGGAUGGCCCCUGUCCUGUAAGUGAGGAUGGCCCUUAUCCUGGAAGUGAGGAUGACCCCUGUCCUGGAAGUGAGGAUGGCCCCUGUCCUGGAAGUGAGGAUGGCCCCUGUCCUGGAAGUGAGGAUGGCCCCUGUCCUGGAAGUGAGGAUGACCCCUAUCCUGGAAGUGAGGAUGGCCCAUAUCCUGGAAGUGAGGAUGGCCCCUGUCCUGGAAGUGAGGAUGGCCCCUGUCCUGGAAGUGAGGAUGACCCCUAUCCUGGAAGUGAGGAUGGCCCCUGUCAUGGAAGUGAGGAUGGCCCCUGUCCUGGAAGUGAGGAUGGCCCCUGUCCUGGAAGUGAGGAUGACCCCUGUCCUGGAAGGGUGUUAAUGUUGAAACCCCAGAAAUGGCCAAUGAAUUCACCAGCAGGUAACAGUAGAUCUCGGGGACGUACAGUUUACCAGCAGGGUAACAGUAGAUCUCGGGGACGUACAGUUUACCAGCAGGGUAACAGUAGAUCUCGGGGACGUACAGUCCACCAGCAGGGUAACAGUAGAUCUCGGGGACGUACAGUUUACCAGCAGGGUAACAGUAGAUCUCGGGGACGUACAGUUUACCAGCAGGGUAACAGUAGAUCUCGGGGACGUACAGUCCACCAGCAGGGUAACAGUAGAUCUCGGGGACGUACAGUCCACCAGCAGGGUAACAGUAGAUCUCGGGGACGUACAGUUUACCAGCAGGGUAACAGUAGAUCUCGGGGACGUACAGUCCACCAGCAGGGUAACAGUAGAUCUCGGGGACGUACAGUUUACCAGCAGGGUAACAGUAGAUCUCGGGGACAAAGUCCACCAGCAGGUAACAGUAGAUCUCGGGGACGUACAGUUUACCAGCAGGGUAACAGUAGAUCUCGGGGACGUACAGUUCACCAUCAGGGUAACAGUAGAUCUCGGGGACAAAGUCCACCAGCAGGUAACAGUAGAUGUCGGAGACGUACAGUCCACCAGCAGGUUACCAGUAGAUCUCGGGGACGUACAGUCCACCAGCAGGUAACAGUAGAUCUCGGGGACGUACAGUCCACCAGCAGGGUAACAGUAGAUCUCGGGGACGUACAGUUUACCAGCAGGGUAACAGUAGAUCUCGGGGACAAAGUCCACCAGCAGGUAACAGUAGAUCUCGGGGACGUAAAGUCCACCAGCAGGGUAACAGUAGAUCUCGGGGACGUACAGUUUACCAGCAGGGUAACAGUAGAUCUCGGGGACGUACAGUUUACCAGCAGGGUCGUCAUUACGUGUGUCCAGGUAUCAGACCGUCUUUAUGAUUGA